AUGGAGAUCAGCUACACUCCCAUAUUUCACUUAUCCAUUGUUAUGUUGUUCUCCAUUAUUGGCAACUUGUUUUUUCUCUUUGUGUUAUGGCGUGGUAAAGUUAUUCAACGAAGGCGGUUAUCGCCAGUGCAGGUAAGUUGAAAAUCAUUUUUUAUUUUUUAUUUAAUUUUAAUUUUUUAAAUCUGCUACAGGUUUUUAAAAACUAGAUUUUUCUAUUUAUUUUAAUUUUUUUUAAUUUUUAAAACCUCGUAUUUUAGCGUUUACUUAUUCACACAUGUAUAGCCGACCUCUGGUUUGCGUUGAUCUCACUCGGUACCGAAAUCUACAUUCUCUUACAGUACCCAACCUUCCCGGGUCCACCAAUUGCGUGCAAAUUUGUACGAUACAUUCAGGCCGUGCCGUUAUAUGCGUCACCAUUCUUAUUGGUUGCUAUUAGCGCUGAUCGAUACCAGGUAAGCAUUUUUAUGAAAUUUAUUGUACCUAUAACGUUUCGUCGUUUCGUCUGUCAAAAGCGACAAGAAUAAAAACUUAGUUUAAAAGCGGCGAUAUUUUUGAUAACUUAAGUUUGUGAGCUAUCAAAAAUAUUAAAUUUUGUGACAAAAAUAAAAAUCCGUCGUUUUACGAACCGUAUUUUACAAUAAAGUCUUUUUUAGGCAAUUUGCAAGCCUUUGGCUAAUUACCGACGAAACAAAAGCCCAAAAUUCUAUGGUACAAUCUCAUGGGCGUUGGCCAUCGCAUUUGCUCUACCUCAAUAUAUUAUUUGGAGGGGGUAAGUCAAAUUUUCUCUUUAACACACCUCUUUAUUUACUAUACUUCGCGUCAUGCUAUUUUUCUAAAACCCCUUUUAAAAUGUUCGUAUGUUACAGUGAAAUUUGUAAAGUCCAAAUCAUUUUGCGCUCAAAUUGAAAUAAUGUCUGUAUUUCCGGCGUCUGACACAACAUUUUCCACCAUACUGGCGGAUUUGAGUGUGGACAAACAAGCUUUUUGUAACUUUUAAUCUUUGCAUUUUCCAGAGCCGCUGAACGAAAACAGUGAUUUUGAAGUAAAAUAAGCUCGCACCAACAAUCUAUACUUAUUACAAUAUCCUAUUUUUGCUUCUAUGCCAAUACAAUCCAAACUUUGCACUUAGAUACCUAUCACAAUAUCAAAAUGUGGAUAAAGGAGCCUCUCAAAAGAGCAAAAUUUUAACUAUCAUGCCAUUCAAAAUAUAAAAUUUCAAUUUUCAGAGGUAACAACCGCUGUAGCACAAUCUACGGCCCUGGCUCCUCGCUCCGCACAGCUUACGUAAUAUACUUCACCUUUCUCGCUUGGCUGAUCCCAACCUUCAUGAGUGGCUACUAUUACAUUCAGAUUGGAUUUGCAGUUUGUAAAUCCAAAAAACUGAUUGAAUGUGCGGACAGAACAACCAAUUAUCGUCAUUCAGAUUCCAUGUCACAAAUGAGUAAUGGUACCAAAGACUAUGUCGAGAAAUUGAGGAAAAAAUCACAAGGAUUUAAGACACAACGGAGUGAAUUCGACAGGAAACGAAACCGUACUGUGCUCCUGACGUUAAUUAUUGUAGUAUUGAACCUGAUGCUAUGGGCACCCUUUGUGUUUGCCAACUUCGCUCAGAUUUGGUUCCCACAGUGGCUCAGUAAGUUAUUAUAUAACGUAUAGUGUUAUCAUAAUCGCGUGCUAGCCUUUCUUUAGCCAUAUAGCCCUGCCUUGAAAAUUAGUAUCCUAGCUCCACCUAUGGCCUACCCUAUCAAUUGCCAAGCUCUUCUGUGACCUUCACUAUCAGUAGCCUACCCCUAGCCUAAGCUUCCGUAUAUAUAUAGUAUACUUGUGGCCCUUUAUAACCUACCUUAUCAUACCCUACUCUACCAGCAAUUGAACUCUAUUUGUUUAAUUUUUAAAACUUCCCAUUUUCAGGUCCAUUCACAAUAACCCUAAUGGCACUAUUUGGAAACCUAAACUCAUGUGUAAACCCCUACAUAUACAUUAUAUUCAACUGGAAGACAGUAAGACAAGUCUUUUGUCCGUGUGGGAAAGAGAUCGGUCGACCCUCAUCAUACCGCAGCAAUACUUCAACGUUAAUCAACGAGAAUGGCAUGAAUAACAAUGGCUAUGUGAAACAUGUCAGUUUCGAAGCCUCGUCACCGGAUAAGGUCAAAACUGAUCGAACAUGGCUUUCGCAGUGCUCGUUAUUGGCCAGGAAAGAACUAGAUUGA